GUCUGGUUUGUCAUAACAUCCUGUGUGUAAGUGUGUUCUGAAACAGACAAAGGCAACUACUUCAGUGGGGAAGAAAUAACGGAUCGUAAGGUGCUGUGGGAAAAUAAAUCUGAGAUAUUUUAGUACUUGGAUGAUGGGCUGUAAUACAUCAGUGUGUAUGUAUGUAUGACUGAAUCGCUCGGGAAGGAGUGAGCGAAGAACAGUAGAAAAAAAACAAAAGAGGAAGUAGAGCAGAGGAUUCUGGUUAAUGAGUAACUGCCAGCAGCCUGUCUCAAAGGUCUUCCCCACCCUAGCCCUAAGCCUGCUGGGAAAAGGCUCUUGGCAGGCAGGGGAGCGAGGUAGAGAAAUGCUGAUAAGACUGCGUUAAAGAAGACCGGAAGAGAAGAGAGGGAAGACUCCUGUUCCUUGCUUGUUUUCUUGUUGUCUGACUUUCCUGGUCUCAUCACCCUUCCCCAGCCGGAGCUCUCUGUCAUGGGCAAGGCGAAGGCCAACGCUGGGCCCCUGGCCCGGAGGCCUGAUAACUCUGCUUUCAAACAGCAGAGACUGCCUGCCUGGUCCCCCAUGCUCACAGCUCAAACCGUCCUGCCUUUCUUCUACGGUAUGGCCAUUGUGUGUGUGCUGCUGGGAGCGUGGCUACUUGUCACCGUGCAGAAUACACAUGAACUGAAGGUAGACUACACACACGCAGGGUCAUGUGAUAAGUGUUUUGAGAAGCGUAAAGACCGUGCCAAUGCGAACCAGAGCUGCAACUGCACUGUGGUGUUUAACAUUGAGAACAUGUUCAAGGGAGAUGUGUUCUUCUAUUACGGCCUGAUCAACUUCCACCAGAACCUCCGGCAAUACAUGGACUCCAGGGAUGAUGGACAGAUGAUUGGGAGAAAUAAAAACCUCAGGAACCCGAGCUCCUAUUGCGAGCCCUUCAUAAAGGAUAAGAACGGACUCCCUAUUGCCCCUUGUGGGGCUGUGGCCAACAGCAUGUUCAACGACUCCUUCACUCUGGUGUACCACUCAGCAGCGGGCAGUCGGGUGGUUCCUCUAUUCAGGAAGGGCAUCACCUGGUACACCGACAAGAACGUCAAGUUCCGUAACCCACAGGUGGAGAACAAAACCCUAACGUUAGCACAGGUGUUUGAAGGCACGGGCCAGCCUCUGUACUGGCAGAAGCCCGUGUAUGACCUGGACCCCUGGGACCGCAACAACAACGGCUUCAUCAACGAGGACCUCAUCGUGUGGAUGAGGGAGGCUGCCUUCCCCAACUUCAAGAAGCUCUACGGGGUCCUGAAUCGAGCCAUAGAACCCUUCACCGAUGGGCUGCCGGCUGGAAACUACAGCGUCCUUAUCUCCUACAACUUCCCAGUGGAGUACUUCCAGGGCAGAAAGGAAGUGGUCCUGUCCACAGUCAGCUGGUUUGGGGGUCAGAACAACUUCCUGCCCGUAGCCUACCUGGUCACAGGCUGUCUCAUCCUGCUCCUCGCUGUCAUCCUCACCGCCGUCUGGUGGAAGUUUGGUAAGAACGGACGGAAUAUGGAGGAGUGAUGAAAAGGUGACGAAGAAGAGGAGACAUGGAAUUCAUAAUACUGUAGAUACAGUGAAUGUGAUUAUUAAAAUGGUCAAUGGUCUACAUUUAUGUAGUUCUGGAUUAGAGAUGGGGUUUGUGUUUUCAGCAUCAUGAAUGCUUGUACUUGGUUUAAUUUCCCUGCAUGACCAUGUGGUGGCAGUAGUGCGGUUAGAAUGAAACGAGGUGGGAAACCAUAGGAAAUUGUUUUCAGUGAUAAUUUAUGUCAGUGUUUGAAUAUGCAUUAAAGACAUGCUCUGGAACGUUG